UUGCUAUGGGGGAACGCAUGCGUACCAACCCUGCCGCAUCGUCUGCAGCAGAAGCAGCAGCAGCAGCCAUCAUCAAUACUACAGCGGCCAUAUUGAAGUAAACAAGCGACCCGUAUUCGUGCGAUCUGGAGGAUAUAUUCGCUCGGGGUCUUAGGUGAGGGAGGAUGGCACAAUUUGGUGGUGGGAAAGCACCACCACCAUGGCAGCAGAGGCCGCAGACAACUCCCACACCUCAACUGCAGCCAUCGCUCCUUGGCCAGCAUCCAUCUGCACCUACUCAGCAAAUUGUGAUAGGAGGAGCACCACAGCAACCUCAGUAUGCUCCUGUACAGCAGAGUAUUAUCCAGCCUCCAGGCUUGGGUGGACUACAAACUUUGGGCCAACCCACUAUAACACAGCAAACCAUAGGUCAACCAACUACAGGUGGAAGUCUAAUUGGACAGCCUCCUAUCACAUGUCAGGCUCUACAACCUCCUAGUCUUAUUAAUCCAGCCCAGAUGACUAGUGCACAAAUCCAGCCUCAGAUUCAGCCUCAGAUACAACCUCAGGUCUCUGCUGUAACAUACCCAACACCAAGAGCUCUUGCUCCUCCAGGUGCUUUUAAUCCCCCUGCUGCUCCAAACAAUUUAGGAAAUAGUAUUGCAAAUAAUAUACAAACAAAUUUACAAACUAAUCUCACUACCAACAAUGCAGCCCAACAACCUCAGAAACAGCGUGUAUUCACUGGGACCAUAACAAAACUUUGUGCUGACUUUGGAUUUGUUGAUGAGGAUGUGUUCUUCCAGACCAGUUGUGUCAAAGGUCAGGCACCGAAAGUUUGUGAUAGGGUAUUGGUGGAAGCUACCUAUAAUCCUAAUAUGCCAUUUAAAUGGAAUGCCAACCGCGUUCAAGUGAUUCCAGGGCCCACUGUGGCCCCUGCCCAGACCCCAAGUAGAAGUGGUCCUCCUGCUAGAGAAAUAAACAGUCGUGGGGGAUCUUACAAUGCUGUACCUCCACCAAAUUUCACAUCUGAAUCACAAGUUGGAAAUUUUAGUGGUCGAGGAGGUAUAGGCCCACGGCCAAGAUCACCUAGACGGGAACGACGGGAAGAACGCAGCCGUACAGCGAGGGACAGUGAACGUGACCGUAGUGAAAAAGAGAAAGAGGAAAAGAGAGAAAGUCGGAAGAGAAGUAGAAGUAGAGGGCGGUCGCGUUCCCCACCUCGUCGAAGAAUGAGAGUAGUUCCUAGAUAUAAUGUUCAAGUUCCUAAGAUUUUAUUACAUAUGAAAGAGGCAAAUGUUUUAGAAUUGAAAAAACGAUAUAACAACCUUUAUGUUCCAUCGGAUGUAUUCUUGGCCCGACCGUUAUGGUCAGAUACCUUUCCUGCACACAGGUCCUUUCAGUUUCCCCGUCCUGUCUCUUUUCAUAUAAUGAAUAAGGAAGUGGAACCUGUUCUAGAAAAUGAUGCCAUAUAUGAUCCCCCUGAUGUCAACCAUUGCUAUGCUGCCAAGGUAAUGUUGAUGGCAGUACCAGCUGUGGAAGACAUUUUCAGAAGAUCGUGUGCAUUGAGUGAAGACCAUGCGGAUGUUCGCGACUGCUUUGUUCAUCCAACACGUCUUAUAAACUUUUUGGUCGGUUUGAAAGGCAAGAAUGAAACUAUGGCUAUUGGUGGUUACUGGAGCCCAUCGCUUGAUGGUCCCAACCCUGAGAAGGAUCCGAAUGUCCUCAUACACACGGCCAUUAGGACCUGCAAAGCACUGACCGGCAUUGACUUAGCAGGGUGCACUACCUGGUACCGGUUUGCGGAGAUUUACUAUCGACGAGGAGAAUCCACACACAAGGGCCGGAGCUCGCCUGCCCGGGUUGAAACCACUGUACUAUUUCUCCCAGAUGUGUGGAACGUUUGCCCAACUAAACUCGAGUGGGACGGCCUCCACCUCAACUAUAAGCGGCAGUUGGACAAGAAGCUCUCCUCCUCGGCAGGAUGUCCGCAGCAGCUCGAGGAUCUAGAGGGGGAGGAGGAAGACAAGGAAGAAGCUGUUAGGAAGAAUCCCAGCCAUUAUGCCAGCUUAGACCCAAAGACCAUGAAGGUGGUUGAACUGCGAUCUGAAUUAGAUGCACGGAUGCUUAACAGCAAAGGUCUCAAAUCACAGCUGAUCGCUCGUUUAACAAAGAUUUUGAAAAAUGAGCAGGAAAAGGAGGAAAUGGAGAAAGCUGCAGCAGCAGAAAGUGCAGAAGUAGAUGAAACCAAAAAGAAGGAAGAGGAGGAAAGGAAAAGAGAAGAAGAGAAGAAAAGAAAAGAAGAAGAAGAGAGAAAGAAAGAAGAGGAGGAGAAAAAGAAAGCUGAAGAACGGGAGAGAAACCUGCUAGAAAAACGUUACACCCUUCCUGAUCAACCCAUGAUUGUUGUUCAUCCAUCACGAACUGCAAAGUCUGGAAAAUUUGACUGUACAACCAUGUCCUUGUCGGUGUUGUUAGAUUACAGACAGGAGGAUAAUAAAGAGCACUCGUUUGAAGUAAGCCUUUUUGCUGAGCUCUUCAAUGAAAUGCUGAUGAGGGACUUUGCUUUUCGCAUUUACAGAGCACUGUAUGAAUCUCCAGAAAAGCCAAAUAAAGAAGAGAAGAAAGACAAGGAGGACAAAAAAGAAAAAGACAAAGACAAAAGAGAGAAAGACAAGAAAGAUGAGGAAAAGGACAAAAAGGAGGAUAAGGAUAAAAAGGAAGAAUCAGAUGAGAAGAUGGAAGAGGAAAAAUCAGCUGACAAGAAGGAAAAGAAAACAGCUGAAAAGGAUGAGGAAAAGAAGGAAGAGGAGGAAGAAGAUGAAGAAAUGGAGGAAGACGAAGAGGAGGAGAUGGAUGAUGAAGAUUCUAAGGAUGAAAUGCCAAGUACAAAGCGAGGGGACAGCAAAGAAAGGAAAGAAAGCAAAGAAGGAAGGAGAAAAGAUGAUAAAAAAGACAGGGAAAGAAGAGAAAAGAAAGAGAAGAAGAAAAUGUUUACAAUUGAUCCCUAUCUCCUCCUUUCUUUUGUAUACUUUGACCAAACGCAUACGGGUUAUAUUAUUGACAGGGACUUGGAAGACAUAAUUAACAUGCUGGGACUAAAUCUCUCGAGAGCCCAGCAAAAGAAGUUGAUGUGUAAAGUUAUGUCGCGUGAUGUCCUCCACUAUCGCAAACUGACCGAUGUUCCACUGGAGGAUAAGGACAAGCCUAGGGACCCUGCACCAACUAUUGACAUGGAGAGCUUGGCAAAAGGAAAUAACAUGGUGAUGCCUGUGUUCUUGGAUGCUACAAAUGCUCCCAGUGCAGUAGAUAUAAAAUCACUCUCCAAGAAAAACAUAAGAAUCAAAGAGGAACCACUAUCAUCAGUUAAUGAUGGCUCCCAGAACAAAGAGCAGAAUGAUGGUGAAGUGACUGUCAAUACAGGAAGUCAAGGUGUUGUGAAGUAUGGAGGAUCUCUUGUCGACAUUGGAAAAUUAAUACAGCAAUUAGAAAAAUCUGAGAAUGCUAGAAACAGCACAGAGGAGAAGCUGAGAGAGUUGCAGAAAGAACUAAUGGCCAGUAAAGACGAAGCUCGGAAAUCUCACGAAAAGUGUCUGAAAUUAAGUAAAGAAGUCAAAGCAUCCAACUCUAGUCUCAAGACAAUGGAAGAGGAGCUUCAGAAAGCCAUUGAGGACAAUAAUGUGUAUCAAAAAGCCCUGAAUCAAAUCAAGACUGUGAUAAAACCUCUGGUAGCCGGAGUUGAUCUGGACGAUGAGGACAUCCCAAUAAAAGUGAAAGUGGAGCCCAAGGAAAAUGGGACUGUUGAGUGAUAUGCAAACAGCAUAGCUGUAACACGGUGCAAAGAUAGCAUGGACAAUUUUUUAUUUAAAUAGUUCAAAAUGAAUAAUAUUUUAGUGAGUAGAGAUUUAUUGAAACCUGUUGCAAGGUGUGUGACUCUUAUCCAGUGCAAAAGAGUAAUAUUUCUAUAUUUAUUUCGGUAUAAAUAGAGAAACAGGGAAUAUUGAGUGGUGGAAUGCUGUGUAACAAACUGAAGUUGUAAUACCAAGUUGCACCAAACCAUAAUGCAGGGGAAUUUCAUUACAGUACUUAUGAUUUUCAAAUGCAGUAGCACUUAGAAGCUCAGGGUAUUGUUAGUGUUUGUUGUUGUAGAUUUUGUGUACCAUUGUUUCAUUUGAUACUGUCUCUUGAUAUCUUCUCUCAAAAGGAAUUACAUUGGUAUACGUAAUUAAGUACAAUGUGAUUAUAUUCAGAUUGUUUUUGUUUAUUCAUGUAUUUGUGACACAAUAUUUCAGUAACAUUUAUCCUGUGUAUAAGUGAUUGAAAAGUGAAUUAAUUUAAUGUUAUUUCACUCAACAGUGUACAGUAAUACGUGACAAUUUUGUAACAUAUAUCCUCAAAUUAUAUUUUCAUUUGGCUAUGCAAUAAAUCAUGACAAAAAAUUAUUGAAUUUUAGUUGUUUGUAGGUUUGUCCACUGCUAUAUGUGUGUGUUCCGUAUGUUAUUGUUCUGAGGUGAUGUCUUGAUUGCCUCUUUAUUUUUUAUGGAAUGCUAAUGAUUGUAUUUAUUAGAGAGUAUGAGUAGUGCUUGAUAUUCAGUUUCUAAAUUGAGCAUCUAAGUGCUAAUAUGAUGCCCAUCCCUUCCACUCAAAAGUUGUGUUGAACACGAGAAUGGGUGCAGUUGCUCCAGGGAAAUGUAGAAAGAUGAUUGAUAUGUAGCAUUAGUACUUAGUAUAAGUAAUUGAAUAUAUUUGAUCUUCAUUUUUCAGACAAAAAUAUAUUGAUAUUUUUUACU